UCGCUCUCAGGGUGCGAACUCAUGCAGCGGAAUAGUAUAACGCGGAACGAGAGCGGAAUCAAUCACGAGCGUUCCGCACUUUUGUUCUGUUUUCAGUACUUCUUAACGGAGGAUCUUCGCAGAUCGCCACAAAAAAUAAAUAUGGGAAAAAAAGACAAGAACAAAAAUAAAAAUAAAAUAAGCGGCAGUGUAAAAACUGCGCUGAAAACUGAGAAGAAACUUAAUGCUAAGCAGAAGAAGGAAUUAACGGCGCUUGGUGAGGAGGAUAUAGAAAAAGUCAUUGCUGAGAUUGAGAAAGAGGAAGCUCGUAGACAACGCGUGAAAGAAAUGGUAGUAAAUCCGCCAUCCAGACGAGUCAACUUCACUUUGACGGCGCAUCCCUUUAAGAACGAACUUAUUAUGCUUGGCGGCGAAUUUCAUGAUGGUCGGCAGACUUUUGUAUAUGGCGAUAUGUUUUCCUAUAAUAUAAAUAAACAAGAAUGGACAUUGAUAAAAGCACCUGGAGCACCACCACCGCGAUGCGGUCAUCAGACGGUGGCUACGACUGCAAAUGGCACUGGUGAAUUAUGGGUAUUCGGCGGUGAAUUCACUAGUCCGAGUGAAUCGCAGUUCUAUCAUUACCGUGACUUAUGGGUAUUUCGAUUCGCCGAAAAAAAAUGGGAAAAAAUCACAGCUGCAAACUGUCCAUCAGCCAGAAGUGGACAUAGGAUGAUAUAUGUAAAGAAACAACUUAUAGUAUUUGGCGGAUUCUAUGAUAAUUUGCGGCACGAUUAUAAAUACUUUAAUGAUGUACACAUUUUCAAUCUGGAGACUUAUACCUGGCGGAAAAUCGAGCCCACUGGUAUUGCACCUGCUCCUCGAUCCGGCUGUAUAUUUUUGCCGACUGUCGACAAUAAACUUGUCGUAUACGGAGGCUAUAGAAAGGAAAAAAUAAAAAAAGACAUGGAUCGGGGUUGCAUUCUCGCCGAUAUGUUUCUCCUAACUCAAACGGACAAAAACGACUCAACUAAAUACAAGUGGAUUUGCGUAAAACAAACUGGGAUUCGAGUAACUCCAAGAUGUGGCGCUUCUGCUACAUUAAUCCAACAUGCGAAUCAGGCCUUCAUGUUCGGUGGUGUUUAUGACAAUAAUAAUGAUGACGAUGAUGAUGAUGAUGAUGAAAAUAUGUGUGGAACAUUUUAUAACGAUCUAUUUGCUUUGGAUCUGGAAAACUUACACUGGCGUGCCGUAACAUUAACUGAGAAAAAAGCGACGAAUAUCACUGACACUGACAAAGGACGACGAAGGAAAAAAAAAGAAGAAGUAAAUGAAGAAUUAGAACAGAGUAAUAAUUUUGACCAAGAAAUAUCGGAAAAAUCUCCAAAUUCUAUACAACCUACAAUUACUGUAGACGACGACGGAAUAUUUACGAUGGUAAUAGGCUCAACAGUACCAACUUCAUCAUUCCUCCAUCAAUCUUCUUCGGCAAUGGCAAAUGACGGGAGGGAACAAUUUUUUCCAUCUCCGCGGAUGAAUGUCGGAAUGGUGAUGAAACACAAUGUUUUGUAUUUAUAUGGCGGCUUGGUGGAAAAAGAUGAUCGACAAUAUACUCUUUGCGAUUUCUACAGCCUGGAUUGUCGAAAAUUGGACGAGUGGAAAAUUUUGAGAUUAGAUGAUUUAUCGUCGCAAACAUGGUUCGAUUCUUCAGAAGAUAAUGAAGACGAAGGAAACGAAGAAGACGAAGAAAACGAAGAUGAAGACAUUAGCCAUGAAGAGCAGAAUGAUAACAACGGACUAGUGGAUAUCAAUGAAAAACUGAAAUAGAAAAAAUAAUAAAGAUUGUUUAUAUAGUUUU